AUGAUCAUGUAUAUAACUAUAACCAUAUAUGUAUAUCUAGAUGAAUGUUACUUCACGGUUGACGCUCUGCCGAUGAGUCAGUCUAACCACGUUGGAAUUUCUGGCAAGGUGGUUCUGGCUGUUGAAACAUACAAAGAAUUUCACGAGAAAUACAAACAUAAAACCGGCGACAAAGAAUUAGUGGCGAAGCAAGAGGCGCCGUACGGUUACGACAGCGUCUGGGCUGUCGCUAAAAUAUUCAAUGAAAGUAUCGCUGAGAUGAAACAUAGGGACACAUACUACAACAACAUAACAAACUGGGAUCUGCUUGCAUUCGAACGCGGUUUAUGCAAGCAACAUCAAUGUGACGCAGGGCUUGGCACGGACCUGCUCUACAGGGACUUGUACACCCCUCCAAUAAAAACUUUGGUCUUGGGGGCAGGCUGUUCAGAUGUCAGUCAGGCCACAGCGCAAGUUUCCCACCUCUGGAAUGUUAUACAGUUCAUGCGGGUUUUUCCUCCCGAGUCCUCUUUCAACAACGCCAAAUUUGAACUUUUAAAAAGUUUCAACUGGAAACGAAUCGGAACCCUACACCAAUCGGCUCAGCUUUUUAGCAUGACAAACCUAGAUUUCGUUGAAAGAGCAUGGGAGAAGGGCAUAGAGAUCCUGGCUUCAGAGUCAUUCACCAAUGAUCCAAUCCAAAAUGUUAAAAAUCUCAAGAAGAGAGAAGUGAGAAUUAUAGUUGGAAAUUUUUACGAGUCCUACGCCAGGAUUAUUUUCUGCCAGGCUUACAAAGAGAAAAUGUAUGGAGCCAACUAUGCUUGGAUAAUAACUGGUUUUUACGGACCGAAAUGGUGGCAAAACACAUCUUCGGAAUUUCCUCACGACUGCACCGUGGCCCAGUUAGAAGACGCCAUACAAGGUUACUUCACGGUUGACGCUCUGCCGAUGAGUCAGUCUAACCACGUUGGAAUUUCUGGCAAGGUGGUUCUGGCUGUUGAAACAUACAAAGAAUUUCACGAGAAAUACAAACAUAAAACCGGCGACAAAGAAUUAGUGGCGAAGCAAGAGGCGCCGUACGGUUACGACAGCGUCUGGGCUGUCGCUAAAAUAUUCAAUGAAAGUAUCGCUGAGAUGAAACAUAGGGAGCAAACUGGAUGA